AUGAGCGAAGACCACGACAUUCCAAUCAUAUUAGGGAGACCUUUCCUAGCCACCGCUCAAGCUACAAUAAAUGUUGCUGAAGGAAAAAUAUCCUUGAGUUUUGGUGGUGAUAAAGUCACAUUUUCCAUGAACUCAGCGCUACGUCAACCUCAGGAAGAAGAUUGUGAUUUUAUUAAUGAGUUAAAUGAAAUAAUAAAUUUUGAGAACCAUAUUACACUUGAUAAUCUGGAAGGAAUUUCAGAUAAUGGAUCGCUCGAACUGGAAGAUAAAAAAGAUUCAGCUGAGGCAAGCGACGAUAUUCAAGCGCCCACUGAGUCCAUUGAACAAGCGACGAGGGAACCAGCGAGCGAGACCAACAAUAAGGAUGAGCUGAAGAAAUUACCUGAGCACCUCAAAUAUAUAUUCCUUGGGCCGGAGGAGAGUUACCCGCUGAUAAUCUCCGCCUUACUAUUGCCGGAUCAAGAGGCUCAGCUCAUCUCACUUCUCAAAAGAAAUCAAGCGGCGUUUGCAUGGAAAAUCUCAGACAUCAAGGGAAUCAGCCCAGCGGUGUGUAUGCACCAUAUAAGGCUGGAAGCUGAUGCAAAGCCAUGUAGACAGCCUCAGCGGCGUUUGAACGAGAAUAUGCAAGAAGUAGUCAAAAAAGAGGUGAUCAAAUUGUUCGAUGCAGGAAUCAUAUACCCUAUCAGUGACAGCCAGUGGGUUAGCCCAACCCAGGUGGUUCCCAAGAAAGGAGGAUUCAUUGAACAGACAAGCGACGAUGGGGAGGUCUUGAUGACAAGACCUGUCACUGGAUGGAGGGUUUGCAUCGACUACAGAAAACUGAAUUUAGCCACAAAGAAGGAUCAUUUCCCACUUCCCUUCCUUGAUCAAUGCCUUGAGAAGCUUUCAGGUCACGAAUACUACUAUUUCCUCGAUGGCUAUUCAGGCUAUCAUCAAAUUCCCAUCAAACCGGAGGACUGUGAGAAGACUACAUUUACUUGUCCAUAUGGGACUCUCGCUUAUAGGAGGAUGCCGUUUGGACUUUGCAACGCUCCGGCCACCUUCCAGCGAUGUAUGUACCAUAUCUUCAGUGAUCUCCUGGACUCCUGUAUUGAAGUUUUUAUGGAUGAUUUCUCGGUGUAUGGCAAGACCUUUUCCUGA